AAGCAAUCGAUGUACAUUUCUGAGGCGAACUGGGACAUUUUUUUCUUUUAGAAAAGUCUGCAUGCUCAAAUCUACACCUAAUUAUUACAAAUCAGUCUAUGCACAUGGGAAAAUCACUGUCUGAGCAGGCGGCAUCUAAACCAUACCAGGGUGUCAGAGUCAAAGACCCUGUCAAAGAACUACUGCGCAGGAAGAGAGGAAAUACAGCCAAAGCAGUGCCCCCAACUGCGGUGAGAAGACAACCCCACACACAUGUGGUGGUUCCCAACAACUCCUUGUCAUCGUACGCACAUGUUGGGCCUUCUGGAUUCCUGGGGACCAACCAGAGUGCCCAGAAUGAGUCGACAGUGGACGUUGGAGCCUUGUGCCCAGGCUGGGUCACCCAGCCCAGCAGCUCAGCUGCUUUCCAGCCACUCAGCCACUGGGCUCCUACGGAGUAUCUCCACCACGACCCAGCCAUCCCCACGCUCCCCUCCCUCACCACCGACAUGUAUGUCCAGCCUGUGUGUCCCAGCUACACAGUGGUGGGCCCAUCCUCCAUGCUGACUCUGACGCACACACCUCUGUUCACCAACCUCGGGACCAUAGGGCCCUCCAGCUCAGCCCUGCCUCAGGUGGAUGUUCCUGACAGCUCACUGACAUACAUUCCAUGGGCCCAGCCCUUGUCCACACUCCCUGGACCUGUCAUGCAGCGCCCCCCCUGCCCACAACCCCUUGCCACACCCCAGUUCCUGCCUGUGUCACUGCCCCCUGUGCCCACGCCCAUGCCGGAACCAGAACCCCAGCAGGUGGAGCCUCCUCCAGCCUCAGAGGGCACUCUAGCUUUGGAGAAGCUUCUGGAAGAGGAGGAGGAACAAAAGGAGUCCUAUGCUUGUAGUCCUUCUCUGUUUACGCAAGACAUUUAGGAUACUUAUGUCUAAUGUCUCUUAAACUCUAUGCUUAUUAACUUUAGGUUUAUUAUCCAGCAUCUAACAUUUAUUAAUUAGUAACUAAUGUGUAAUAUAUGUUUUAUAUGCUAGCAAAAAAAGGGAGUGCUUUGAAUUUACUUGAUUUAAUUGUGUACAUCAUUUCCACAUAAAUAAAACACAUUGUGGCGUCAGCAUAGAAUGAGCCACAGGAGUCAUUGCACUUUAAAGGUGAAUACUCUGUUACUGAACAGACAGCAAGGGGGAACUGAACUGACCCAAGAACCAAGAACUGGAAUGGCCGAGAUAGCAGGCAGGUCACUUCUAGCCAUGUGUUUUCUCCUGACGGUAGAUACUAACACUGCACUAACUACUCCACAGCCCAGCAUUAGGCUUACAACAACAACUUAUUUACAAUAAAUGUUUCUCAUACCACGAGCGCUGUGCCUCCCGAGAGCCUGUGCAUUUGGCAUGGCCACACCUCCAGCACUCCCACGGCAGCAUGAGCCAGUAGCGGGAUGCUACAAUAUUGUUGCUGUCCAAAACAAAAAUAUUUUUCUGCAGUGCAUCUCUCCUUUACAUUGUGUGAAACGAA